AUGCCUUUCAAACCUGUAGACAACCCGAAGUGUCCGAAAUGCGGCAAGUCCGUGUACGCGGCGGAAGAGCGUGUCGCUGGGGGACUUAAGUGGCACAAGAUGUGCUUUAAAUGCGGUUUGUGCCAGAAAUUGCUGGAUUCCACCAACUGCUCGGAGCACGAGGGUGAACUGUAUUGCAAAGUUUGCCACGCGCGCAAAUUCGGACCCAAAGGCUACGGCUUCGGCGGUGGCGCUGGGUGCCUGUCCAUGGACACUGGCGACCACCUGAAGGGAGAGAACGCGGGCGUAAGGACCAAUGGAGCCUGUUUAGAACCGCGCGUUAUAGCGAAGGCACCGCCCGGCGAGGGCUGCCCCCGCUGCGGCGGCUUCGUCUACGCUGCCGAGCAAAUGUUAGCUCGCGGAAGGGCGUGGCACAAGGAGUGCUUCAAAUGCGGCGACUGCUUAAAACGACUGGACUCCACAAACUGUUGCGAAGGGCCGGACAAAGAUAUUUACUGCAAAGUUUGUUAUGCAAAGAAGUUCGGUCCCAAGGGUUAUGGAUACGGAAAAGGAGCCGGUGUUCUACAGAGCGACCCUUACGCUAAUGGGGACCAUGCUCCUAAAACAACGGUAGUCGACACUGCUGCCAUUCAAGCCCCGCCUGGAAAGGGUUGUCCGCGUUGCGGUGGCGUUGUUUACGCUGCGGAACAGGUCUUGGCCAAAGGACGCGAAUGGCAUCGCAAAUGCUUCAAGUGUCGCGACUGCACGAAGACCCUUGAUUCGAUCAUCGCUUGCGACGGUCCCGACUCUGAGGUAUACUGUAAAACCUGCUACGGGAAGAAAUGGGGACCGCAUGGUUACGGGUUCGCGUGCGGCUCUGGCUUCUUACAAACUGACGGCCUAAGCGAGGAAGAGAUCUCUGCUAACCGUCCAUACUACAACCCGGACACCACCAGCAUCAAGGCUCCUAAGGGCCAAGGCUGUCCACGCUGCGGUGGCAUGGUGUUCGCCGCUGAGCAACAACUCGCUAAAGGAACUAUGUGGCACAAGAAAUGCUUUAAUUGUGCUGAGUGUCACCGUCCCUUGGACUCUAUGUUGGCUUGUGAUGGCCCUGACAAGGAAAUUCACUGCCGUUCAUGUUACGCUAAACUGUUCGGACCCAGAGGCUUUGGUUAUGGCCAUGCUCCAACUCUGGUGUCCACAGAUUCCGAGCCCACCAUCACAUACACUGAACAACUUCCUUUCACUGGACAAAAGGCAGCUAAAGGAAAAGGCUGCCCACGCUGUGGAUUCCCAGUAUAUGCUGCGGAACAGAUGCAUUCUAAGAAUGGCACAUGGCACAGAAGAUGCUUCUCAUGCGCGGAGUGCCACAAGUCUCUUGAUUCUACCAACCUGAACGAUGGUCCCAAUGGCGAAAUUUACUGCCGCAGCUGCUAUGGCCGCAACUUCGGACCUAAGGGAGUUGGGUUCGGAAUGGGCGCAGGCACAUUAACCAUGGCU